AUGCAUUUAGCGUCUGCGAUGAGCGGGAAGAAUAAUAAUAUGAGACGAACGGGAGGCGCCAUAUUGCCGCCUCGCGUCGGUCGCCCGCCGCCGCGCUCGCAGCGUCAGGCGACCGCGACCAGCGGAACAGAUAUUGUUGAUUUAAAAAAAAAAUGGAAAAACCUACGAGACAAUUACCGCAAGGAAUUGAAAAAAUGUCGUGUUGGACGACCGGGUGAUUCAGGCGAUGAAAGUUACGAGUCAUCUUGGAAAUAUUUCCAAAUGAUGGACUUCACUAAAGACGAAUUAAUGCCGGUAGCUAAUGAAAGUAAUCUGUCACAAGAAGAAGAACAGGAUAGUGGAGAUCAAAAUAUAAAUAACAAGGAGACUAAUACAGUUGAAGAUGAUAACUUAGGAAGAAGUGUAGAAUAUAGAGAAGGAUUUCAUACAGAACAAAACGUGGAUGGUGAUCGAGUAGAAAUGUCCAAAAGAAAGCGUACUCCACAAGACAUUCGAGAACAAUACUUAGAAAUCGAAAGAAAAAAACUAAAAUUGCUUGAAAACGAGUCAAUACUUCGUCGUACAGUGGAUAUUCAAAAAUCCCAGGAUUAUCAUUUUCUAAUGAGUCUUUUGCCGGAAAUUGAAAGAUUACCUCUUAUUAACAAAUUACGAUUACGUAACAAUUUUAAUGAUGCACUCCUGCAGGAAGUAAAUUCUGUUAAUUGUAAAUCACAAACUCCAACUAGUAAUUUAGUUACACCUAAC